AUGAAUUUUGGUAAAAUUGAAUCAACUAUAGAGUUUGAACAAGCCCAUAAAACUAUUGAAAAAUAUCAGUCAGAGAACAGAUUAGAACUCCUGAAUAAACCGAAAGACUUACCGAUCGAUAUAAAUGAAUUUUUACCCUUCACAUUACCUAUCGAAGAUAACAACAGAAUAGUAGCAAUAGUUAAAGCAAUAAGACUUAUAUUUAACUUCGGCCAACUAUCUGAUACUUAUUUCGUAACCGUUAGAAUACCUCUACCUAGAGACCCAGAAGAACUAAAAGUAUUGAA